GACAUACAUUUUAGUUUUGCUAGGCUGCUCCCAUACGCUUCAACAGUCGAUCCUUGAAGAGGUUGAAGAGAACAAAAUAUGGAUGUGAAUUGUUUGAACGCCACCUAACCGCCCAAGAGAUGACAUGUUCGCCGUGUUUUCAGAACUGCCAAAAUAAAUCAAGAGCGGUGGGCAGACAGGCGGCAUGACUGAGGAGAAAUGCCCUCAGCUGGUGGACUAUUUUGUGGUGGCGGGCCUGGUGGAGGGCUCCACCCCCAUGGACGACGAUGGAGGCGGGCAGCAGAAGGGCAGCGGCGGCGGCGGAGUAGGAGGAGGCCGCUCGGUGGAGCCGGUGACGGACGUGGUGGUGAUCGCGCGGGGGCUGGGCGAGGACGUGCCCGAAGGCUUCACCUGCAUCGAGAAGACGCUGGGGGGGCACCCGGCCGAGCUGAGCGCCGGCCUCAUCAACAACCCACACAUGUUCCUCUGCUACCGCCGCGGCCACGACAAGCCCCCCAUCGUGGAGCUGGGAGUACUGUAUGAGGGCAAGGACCCCUCCAAGUCUGGCUGGGAGGUGAUCGACCACACGCCGUACGGCCGCUCGGCCAGCCUGAGCACGGGGAGCCCCACCACCCACCGCACGUUCCUCACGUACCGCCGGGCGCCGGACUCGCAGGCGCUGAACACGCUGGGCGUCACCGACAUCUCGUUGCUCAUGCCCAGCAAAGGGGAGGUGGCGCCGCACACCUUCUGCAGAGUGGACAAGAACCUGAACACGGGCAUGUGGGGUCCAGCGUUAUACCUGUGCUACAAGAGAGCUGUUGCCAAAGCCAAUGCUCUGGUCUACGAGGCAGGUCUAAUUAACCGAUACCCAGAGGAGGACCUGGAAUCCUUCCCUCUGCCGGACUCGGUGCCGAUGUUCUGUUUGCCCAUGGGCGUGACUGUGGAGAGCUGGCCCCUCAACACCAAGUACCAGCUCCCGGUCUUCUCCACGUUCGUCCUCACCAGUGCCUCUGGAGACAAGGUGUACGGCGCGGCCAUCCAGUUCUACGAGGCGUACCCGCGGGAGGCUCUGGCCGAGCGGCAGCGCGUGCGGCUGGGCCUGGUGAGCGUGGUGGACCGGCGGCCCAUCACCAGCCGCUCGGUGCAGGUCAAGAAGAGCGUGUGCGUGCUCUCCCACUGGCCCUUCUUCACCGUCUUCCAGAAGUUUCUCACCUUCGUCUACCGCUAUUCCAUCUCAGGCCCACACGUGCUGCCCCUGGAGAAGCACAUCUCCAGCUUCAUGCACAAUGUGCCCUUCCCCUCCCCCCAACGGCCCCGCAUCCUGGUGCAGCUCUCCCCGUACGACAACCUUCUACUGUGCCAACCUGUCUCAUCUCCCCUCCCUCUCAGUGGUGCCAGCUUCCUGAAGCUGCUGCAGAACCUGGGCCCCGAGAACGCCUGCACGCUGCUCCUGGCCGUCCUCACCGAGCACAAGCUGCUGCUGCACUCGCUGCGCCCCGACGUGCUCACCUCCGUCGCCGAGGCCCUGGUGUCUAUGACGUUCCCUCUGCGCUGGCACUGCCCCUACAUCCCGUUGUGCCCGCUGCGGCUGGCCGACGUGCUCUGUGCCCCCAUGCCCUUCAUCGUGGGGGUGCACUCCAGCUACUUUGACCUCUACGACCCCCCCUCUGACGUGGUGUGUGUGGACCUGGACACCAACACCAUAUUCCAAUUGGAAGAUAAGAAGCCUCUGUCAUGGAGAUCACUUCCAAGGAAACAUGGCAAGAUGUUGCUCAACUCUCUCACCAAUUUAAACAAGACCUUAGAGAAGAUCUGCACGCCGGGCCAGGAGGAUGCCACACUGGAGUUCCUGCUGACGGACUACGACCUGAUCUACGGGCGGCAGAAGCAGCUGGAGCUGGAGAUCCAGGAGGCCUUCCUGCGCUUCAUGAGCUGCCUGCUCAGGGGCUACCGCACCUACCUGCUGCCCAUCACCCAGGCCCCCUCCGACCGCACCACCGACUGCAGCUCACUCUUCAACCUCCAGGGGUUUCUGAAGUCUCGAGACCGCACACAGCAGAAGUUUUAUAACCAGCUAACCAGGACCCAGAUGUUCACCCAGUUCAUAGAGGAGUGCUCGUUCGUCAGUGACCGCCACGCCAGUCUGGAGUUCUUCGAUGAGUGUGUACAAAAGGUGGAUGUGGAGAAACCGGAGGAGGUGCAUCUGGUGGACCUGGAUGAGACCCACAGCGGGGAGCACACCGUCUUCAUCAUGCCCCCGGAGGAGCCCCAGGAGGCGGACGGCUCCGAGUGCCAGGCCCAUUACAGCUAUGAGACUUUUCCCGUCCUGCAGCCAGAGCUGUUUGACCGGCCGCAGGACCAGCUGCGCGUCCCCACCAAGGGCAGCGCCCCCAGCAGCCCCGCGCCACGCCGCACCAAACAGGAGAUCAAGCUGGCCCAGAAGAAGGCACAGAAGUACUCGGCGGUGCCGGACAUGUGGUCCAAGUGCCUGCUGGGUCACUGCUACGGCCUCUGGUUCAUCUACCUGCCCACCUUCGUCCGUGCGGAGAGCACCAAGGUGCGCACCCUGCACACCGCCUACGAGGUGCUCAAGCACAUGGAGACGCGCAAGGUGGUGCUGCCUGACGAGGUGUGUUACCGGAUCCUGAUGCAGCUGUGUGGCCAGUACGGUCAGCCCGUGCUCGCGGUGCGCGUGCUCCUGGAGAUGAAGAAGGCCGGCAUAACGCCCAACACCAUCACCUACGGCUACUACAACAAGGCUGUGUUGGAGAGCAAGUGGCCCUCCACCAGUCACGGCGGCCGGCUGCGCUGGGCAAAGCUACGCAACGUGGUAAUGGCAGUGGCGCAGUUCAGACAGCCAAUCAAACACCGGCAGAAGAGUGACUCCGUGAGCUCCAGAUCAGAUGUCAUCUUCUCUAAGCCCCGUCCCCACUCUGCUCUGGUUCGCCAGAACAGCUGGAGCGGCUUGAGUGAAAGCUCCAGCCACGAGUCAUUGAACAGCCUGCUCCCCAAGAGCAACAGCCUCAGCAGCAUGCGCUCCUCCACUGACCCAGAGGUCAAGUUGACCAGGAAAGCGCUGCUGCGGAACUCCGGCGGCGCGGACGACCCCGUCUCGGCCCGCAAACCUCCUGCCGGGCCGCCAGAAGUCCCCGCAGGGCUGCCUCCGUCUGGGGUCCUCGUCAAGCGCAGCCAGGUGUGCCUGUCCACCUUCUACAAGGACUACGCCGAGACCCCCGAGACCCACCCAGACUGCAGGUGCCAGCCAGGGGAGAGGGAGAGCAGGUCGACGGACGCCAGAGACAGCUUGAGCAGAAAGACGCUGGACGAGAACUACAACCACGUGGCGUCGCCGAGCCGCGGCCUGGCGGGGAAGCUGCAGCAGCUGCUCACGCCCACGCGCCACCGGGCGUUCGUGCGGCGGGCGGCCAGCGUGGACGAGCGGCGGCCGGGAGGGGGCAGCGGCUCCGGAUCGGGCAGCAAGGCGGCGGAGCGGAGGCAGGCCCGCAAGGCGCAAGUCACCGAGACCUUCCUCAGGGCCAAGGAGCGGCUGGUCAACGCCACCUCUGAGAGUUCACUGUCCGUCGGAAGUGACAUUGACCUGACCGACACACCGCCCGGUCUGAACUUUCCGCUGAGGAAAUCCUGGGACCCCACGCCAGAGGGAGCCGGACUGGAGGUGUUGAUGUCGAGUUGCUCUCUGUGCCGGAGCUGCAACUCGCUGGUGUACGACGAGGAGAUCAUGGCGGGCUGGACGUCUGACGACUCCAACCUGAACUCCAGCUGCCCGUUCUGCUCGGCCACCUUCGUCCCGCUGCUCAACGCGGAGAUCUGCGACCUGGGCCCCGUCAGCAGCUCUGAGCGGAGCACCUUGAACGCUGAGGAUGAGGUGGAGAGUGCCAUGAGGCCCCCUGGUGGUCAAGAGGGCUCAGAGCGCCCGCUCCCCAACGGCCUGAGUGACGACUCCAGCUCCGAGACCAGCUGCUACUCGGAGAGCAGCAGCAGCAACACCACCAGCGGCCUGUCUGUGGGCGGACCUCCGCUGGUGACGGUGGCCUACCUGAGCCCGCUGGUGCUCCGCAAGGAGCUGGAGAGCCUGCUGGAGAACGAGGGCGAGGCCGUGCUCUCCCAGCCACAGCUGCUGGACAGCCACUCCAUCAUCUUCUGGAACCUGGUCUGGUACUUCCAGCGCCUGGGCCUGCCCAGCAACCUGCUGCAGCUCGUACGCUCCUCACAGCUCGCCGCACACAUCACGCAGAGCAUAGAGAACCCUGCGGUGCGCGUCAGGCUUCUGUGGGACACUCUGACGCCAGAUACGGACUUCUGGCCUCCUCUCUACGUCCUCUGGAGAAUACACAGCGGUGUCCGCAUGCUGCGGAACCACAGCUGGCGCCGGCACAACCACCCCUUCACCCUCAGCUUCCUGGAGGAAGUGCUACGCUGGGUCGGCAUGAACGAGGUACACAAGGCGGUCACCCUCUUACUGGAUACCAUCGCCAAGCAACCGGGCAACCCUCGGAUCCAGAGGAGUUUGUACAGGGAGAUCCUGUUCCUGACCCUGGCUGCUAUGGGGAAAGAUCAUGUCGCGGCGUUCGAUAAGAAGUACAAGACGGCUUACUCUCGGCUAAGCGGCUCUCUGGGCCGGGACGAGCUGCGGCGGAAGCGGGGGCAGCCGCCCAGCCCCAAGGCCGUGGACUGCCGACGCUGCUUCCUGUAUCCUCUCGAGUGCUGACGACUCCUCUCCCGCACAGCACACUCUCUCCUCUUCCUCUUCCUCCUCCUCACCAGGGCCAGCUAGACCUCUCCUUCAUCACCAUCACCAUGACCACCACUUCAACGUGAAGGCCCUCGCCUCGCCUCCCGCAGAUUUGCCUGGUUUCCGCCUAAACACCUCAGUGUGUUUUUCGGAGACAGCAGCACCACAUCUUAGUCUUGGCCAAACUCUCAACAGCUUACCUUGCAGCUGCCAGUACAAAUGAAUAGGAAUUAGGAAGACAACUGGCUUUUCCCAAUGCAGUCUCUCAGCUUUGCCUGGCUUUCGGUGUGGGAGAUUGUCCUUGUCACAACGAGAACGUAACCGUUGCCAGGCAUGUAGAAUCUCUGGAAGUGAUGCCAUUGUUUGUUGUCAUUCUUUGGAUUACAGAGGAAUCCCAGCUAACUAGGCUAGGCUUAAUAGGUGUCAGGUUAGCAGUUGGCGUGUUUUGGCUAUGGUCAGGCGAAGUAGGCGAAGUAGGCAUAGCACAUCGGUCUCUCACACCUGAGUUCCUUAACUGUAGUUGUCUUGUGCUGCCUUGUAUCUCUGCCCUGAAGCAUUCUGCGGACUCUUCUUGUGUGGGCUUGUGCUUCAGACACGAGCCUAAACUAUGCACCUCGUAUGGACAUCAAACGCGCGUUGCAAUGCCUUCAAAUUAUAACCUGUUAUCUACUUACGGACAAACAGUGGCCGGGCGGUGGGACCUCGUGUGUCCUUUAGUCAAUUACAAAAGGGGCUGACCAUGUGCUAUUAGCGCACUGUGAAGGCCAAGGGAUUCAGCCACAAUCUGUUCUCUAAUUUCAUUUCACCUUUUUUACCCUCACCUUUUUAAAAACCCGAUCCCACCUUGUGUUGCCAUCCGAGCCUUUUGCAAGGAGAAGACGAGACACCCAGCGUGUGUGUGUGUGUGGAGUUCAUGCUGUCGGCUGCAUCCGAAGACAAGACACCCAGCUUGUGUGUGUGUGUGUGUGUGUGUAGAGAUUGUGCUGUCUGCUGCAUCCUUGAGGAGAAGGAUGGGCAUAGGAGGUCAAAAUGGAUAACACAGCACAGGGACUACUUGAAACGGACUCUUGUUAGCGACCCUCAGUUCAGACUGGAGAGAAUCACUGACACAACCCCUGAGGGCAGAGGAGAGGUCCAUGUCCAGGGCUUGGUGUGGACCAGGUCACUAAAGCAGAGGAAACCACGAGGAAGGAGGCGAUGCUCCACGGUCCCACGAAAAGAUAGGGUACAGAUCAGCACUUGGUGUGACCUCAAACCAAAAGACCUCUCUCUCUCAUAUACGCGCACACACACUCACACACUCGCACACUUAAUGCACACACACACACACACACACACACACACGCACACAUACACACACACUUACAGAGGACUUCUAGAUUUUAUUUUUAUUUUUAUUUUCUUUUUUUGCAUUGUUUUUGUUUUGCAGUAUUGUUGCCAGUCGGUCGGUUUGACCAUGACUUGGGACAGGAGUGUUGAUUGGUCAUUCAGAGACUGCUUGCUCACAGCGACACAUGAGACAACUGACAGAGAGGGCGAA